AUGGUUGUUCUACUUAUAACUAAGCUCGAAAAGAAUAAAGUCAUUGUACUCGCUCUGUGCAGCCUAGCGCUGGUCUCUGCCGAUGUUUCGCAUUUGUUGGGACACGAUCACCACCAUGAUAAUCACCACGAUCAUUCGGAGCAUGAAGGCUACAACUACGAUCCACCGAGCACCCCCUUUGAGCUACCCAAGCCCAGCUACUUACCACCCGAGCCACAGUCCACUUACUUGCCACCCGGACCAGUGAAAGCCGAGAUACCCAAGCCCGAAUACCUCCCACCUGCACCGGCCCCUGUCAGAACUCCUCAACCCAACUACUUGCCGCCCGCGCCCGUCAAGGUUGAGCAGCCGGAGCCCACCUAUCUACCCCCUGCACCCAUUAGUGUCGAGGAACCCGAGCCAGCUUAUCUGCCUCCUGCAGCGCAGCCCGAAUAUAAGAUUCCCAUCCCAUCCUAUGCGGCACCGCUAGAGCCCGGAAGCACCUACUUGCCCCCCCAGGAGGCCGUCGAGCCACACAGUGAUGAUGGCUACCACUACAAUGCCCCUGCCCAGCCAUUCUUCUUCUAA